AUGCACGCGGGGGUCCUGAGCCUCUCCGCCCUGCUGCUGGCGGCCGAGCAGAGCGCGCGCCUCUGCACCGUGGUUUACUACUUCACCAUAGGCCGCCGCCUCUGGGCCUGGCUGGCCCUCUCUGUGCUACUGCCUGGCUUCUUGGUCCAGGGCCUGAGCUACCUGUGGUUCCGAGAAGAUGGACAUCAAGGUCACUGCUCGUUGGUGGUGCUACACGUCCUCCAGCUUGGUGUGUGGAAGCGGCAUUGGGAUGCCGUGUCCACUGUUCUCUGGAAGGAGGUGGAGGCCUCCCGUUGGGGCCAGCUGCUGCUGCAGGAGGCGGACCUGUCGGCCCUGCGCCUCUUGGAAGCCCUGCUUCAGGUCGGGCCCCACCUGCUGCUUCAAACAUAUGUUUUCCUCGCCUCGGACUUCACGGGCAUCGUGCCAGGAAUGAGUGCCCUGUGCUCCUGGUCCACGCUGUCCUGGGCCCUGGUGAGCUAUGCGCGUUCCGUGGGCUCCAUGAAGCCGGGUCACCUCUCCAUGCCGUGGACGGCCCUCGGGUGCCAGCAGCUCUGGAGGAUGGGCAUGGUGGGAGCCCGGGUCCUGAGUCUGGUUCUCUUCUUCCGAGUUUACCACGUCUGGGCUCUGGUCGUUGCAGGUGCUCACUGGCUGGUGAUGACCUUCUGGCUCGUGGCUCAGCAGAGUGACGUCAUGGACAGCACCUGCCACUGGAGGCUGUUCAACCUGCUCGUAGGGGCCGUGUACAUCCUCUGCUACCUCAACUUCUGGGACAGCCCUUCCAGAAACAGGAUGGCCACGUUCUACACGGUGAUGCUGCUUGAGAACACCGUCCUUGUGCUGCUGGCCACGGACUUUCUCCAGGGGGCGUCGUGGACCCGCCUGUGGGCCGUGGCAGGAGUCCUGUCCGGAUUUCUGAUCGGCAGUGUCUCGCUGGUCAUUUAUUACAGCCUGCUACAUCCUAAGUCCACAGACAUCUGGCAGGGCUUUGUAAGGAAGUCCGGUGGCACUGCAGGGGGUGAUAAAGCAGAGGGAGACUCUUCUCCCCCGGCCUCAGGUCCGGCUGGGGAGGGACCCAAGAGCCUGGGGACCUGCCGAGAGGAAAGUGAGGAGCUAACAGGUCUGGGGAGGCCCCCCAGCCCACAGCGGGGUCCCCCAGAGGCUGGGCUGGAAAGCCAGAUGGCCGGGGAGGCCUCUUUCCUCAGCCACCACCACUGGCUGUUGGUGAAGCUUGCCCUGAAAACAGGAAACGUGUCGAAGAUCAACGCGGUCUUUGGAGAGGACAAUCCUGGCUGCUUUUGCUCCCCUGCGUGGGGGUUGAGCCAACGCUGCAACCAGCAAAGGGAGCCCCCAUCAUCCCGGCAAGAGCCCCCAUCGUCACCCCACGACCCUCUAACCUCAGAGGAAGGCUCUGGGUUUCACGUGGUCCCCAAGGCAGAGGCUGACCUGUGGGAAACCUCGACUUACCUCUCUUUUGCCGGCGAUGACCGUGACAAAGCUCCGGCCCGGAAGCCGGCAGCCACGCUGCAGGAGGGCAGCCCAGAGGCAGGAGCCGUGGCCGCGUCCAGGGUGCAGGGGAGGGGCGCGGGGGGGCGGCCGCGUGGCGGGGAAGGACAGGAGGGCGCCACGCUGUACUUCAGUGCCACCGCCGAAGGGGCCACGUCCGCACACCAAGAAGGCAGCGGGGCCGCUCUGCCGACGUCCCUCUCCGGGAGGAGAGCGGGGGAGGGCAGCCCGGCCCGGCCCGCCGCGCCUCUGCCGGCCACCAAGCCCUUUCCCGCCACCAUGGCCAACAUCAGCCCCAUCUUGGGCCCCGGCCCCGGCAGAAGCGUCCCCCGCCGGGGCAGAGCCCUGGGGGGCUCCGGGCAGGGGGAGCAGCGGGAGUCCACCGCGGACCGGAGGCAUCCCGCGGCUCCCGGCGCGCCGACGUCAUGGCCCAGGGUGAGCCCGCGGCCCGCAGACGAGCCCUGCCUCACGUCCACCCCCAAGUCUGAGUCCACCCACGGAGACAGCAGCUGCAGGGAGAGGCUGAAGGCCGAGACGAGUUUCUCCAUCUGA